CUCGUAAAAACACACCUUCGCUUGGUCAGUGAGGUCUAUCGGUGGCAAUGGAGGUGGGGAGGGGUUGAGUGUGAACUGGACAACUCACAGAUCCAUGGCCUCUUGGGCCCUCUCCCGCGCCUUCUUGGCCACCUGCUUGGCCUUCUUCACGGAGCUGUUCACCUCUCUUGUGAUGUGGUAGUUGUACAGCAAAAGGUGUGGUUUAGUCCCCUUCGACCAGGCGAGGAAGACCAGUCGGCCGUGCUGAUAGCGACCCUGCUCCAAGGUGCCGUCUGGAAACCGAGUCUGACCGUAUCCAUGGCGCUGAUUCUUGAGCCAUUGACCCUCGUAACUCACUCCGUCAGACCGCUCACAGACACCAUAGCCCUCACGGGCAUCAGCCUCCCACGAGCCGGCAAACGUCUCAACUGUCUCCGGGUCAAUUGCGUCCUCCUGAGGGAGGGGGCAGGUGAAGGAAGGAGUGGAGAGGUGGAGAAGGGGAGAGAGUUUAAAACUGGAAAUAACGAUAAAUACUUUGGUACAGCACUUUUGUUUUGA